UCAAAUUUCAAUCCAAUUGAAGAACAUAUAAAACAAAGUUCUAAAUGUCAAUUUGUUUCAGAUCAAGAGAAAUUAUUAUCAAAAAAUGAUCAACGAACAACAUAUUUAACAUCAAAUAGUCUACAGAUCAAUGUUGUCGAGUUCAAUCGUCAAAAAGAAAUCGAUCAUAAUAAAAAUGCUCACGACGACAGUUUCAGUCUACAAAAAUCAUUUCUUAAUUCAAUGACACAUGAAACAAUCGUUACACUACGAACAAAUACAUUUUCGAAUUGGCCAUUAAUUACACCUAUGGCACAAGAUAUGAUUAUUGCAGGAUGGGCAUAUACUAAUAUUGCAGAUCGUGUGAUAUGUAUUCAUUGUAAUACACUCUUUCAUAAAUGGAUAAAAACUGAUCGACCAUAUGAAUUACAUCGAUUAAAAUCUCCUCAAUGUCCAUUUGUAUUAUUAACAGAAAAAAAUUCAUCGAAUUCAUCUACAACAAAUAUAAUAAUUACGACUGAGCCCAAUACACAAACAAUUGUUGAAGCAAUGAAUACUGCUUAUUCAUUAGCAUAUCGUCGAAAUGAAACAUUUCAUAAUUGGCCUCUUACAAAAGAAGAUCCAUUACCUUCUGUUGAAUCGUUUGUUGAUGCAGGAUUUUUUUACACAGGGGAGAAAACUAUUGUAAAGUGUUUUUAUUGUAAUGGAGCUUUGCGUAAUUGGCAAAAUGGUGAUGAUCCAAAAGUGGAACACUGUCGUUGGUAUCCGGAGUGUGCUUAUAUUCGACAGUAUGUGGGAGAAGAUCUUUAUCAAGCUAUACAAAGAAAAAAUCGUGAAUUGAAAAGUCAGCAAAAUAAUAAGAGCAAUACGAAUGGUCAAGAUUCAACAAUCACUCCAUGGACAGAUGAUGAAAUCGAUAAAAUGGUCAAGGCUCGUCUCGAUUUACCUAUAGUUGAAAAACUUCGAAAAUUAGGCUUUACUAUGGCAAUUAUUCGUAAAGCAUUUGAAAUUCAACUCAAAAAUAAACAUGAUGAUUUUCAAAGUGAUAAUGAUCUUCGAAUGGCUUGUCUUAUGCUUCAUCAACAAGUGAAAUUAAUCAAUGGAAAUGAAAAUAAUUUACUUAUUCCUCAAGAUUGGAUGAAAAAAUAUAUCGAAGAUCAAGAACAAGAUAUGGAACAGUCCAAAGUGCAAAAGUCACAAACUUCACAGCCACAAAUUAAAAAUAUCGAAAUUCCGAAAGCUUCGUCACCAAUUGUAACACGACCUAAAAUAAUACAAGAAAAAGACGAAGAAGCAAUGCCAUGUUUACUUUGUCUUACAACAGAACGUCAAGUGGCGUGCUUACCCUGUGGUCAUUUAACAAGUUGCGUAGCAUGUGGUCAUAGCUUAAAAGUCUGUCCACUCUGUCGAGCGGUUGUUAAGGCUUUUGUUCGAAUAUAUGUUUGA